AUGCAGACACCAUAUUUAUUACUAUUCAUUGCUGUCUUCGAGUCUGAAGCAUGGAAACAUAGAAGACCUGCUGUACAUCCUUCCCGUGAUGACGACGAUUCUGUAGAUUUUGGUCAUAUCUACAGAGACCCUGCAAAAAAUGCUCGGCUUUUCAAAGGCGGCAACGAUUUGAACUCCAAAGACGCACUUGCUGUAAUAACGGAACCAAAUAUUCAUCGCGAGUUUCUGAGCCCUCGUGACAGAAUAUUGCACGAAGGAAGAAAGAGUAAGAUGGAGAGGAAUCCAGAGAAGAACACAAGUCAAAGUAAUAUGAUGUAUAACUUUGAAGCGUUAUUAGACCGCAAUUUGAAAUCCGGUCCAAUGAAAAUUAAGCCUAUACAUCCAGCAAGAGAACCAUCAAUUAUUGACACGCAAAAUAAACUCACUCAAAUAAGUGACUUUGAGGAGAAGAACUUUCUAGUCAGAACAUCAAACUUAGGUUCGAACUGGACUACAUGUGACGAAUUCGGGAAGAAAGCCGUAUUUCAUCCGGAUGAUAUAGUCAAUUUGAACUUUAUACCAUUUUAUAUAUGGUCUUCUCAAGAAAUUGACGUCGGGACUGUUCACAGAUUUACAUACCCCACUAAAAAGCUAGUACAACAUUUUAAAACAGAAUAUGGACCCUACCUGGAAGGUGUGAACUGGAAGGAGCCUAAACUACUGCUCGAUGCUGGAAAGAAAACGCUACUUAUUGCAAAAGAUAGGAGAGGAUCAUUUCAUGGCAUCCCGGAUGAUGAACUUCCGGAAUCAAUUAAAAGUAAAAAUGAGAAAAUACCUGUCCUUAAUUUGCGUUUAAAAAUACUGGACGCGUAUUUAGCUCUAAUGUACUGCGAUCUAAAACAUGCGUACAUCAUGGCGCUAAAGGGUGAAGAACCGAAAACAGAAGAGGACAAAACUAAAGCAGCUGAAGUAUUGCGCUUUAGAGGUGCUGGGAGGCCUUUACAUAUAGUCGAGAGAAGACAUGUUAAUCAAACGAAACAUAGUGAGUCUUCUGAAGUAGCAGUACCGAUUCCGAGCGUCAUCGACCUUAGCCUGAUAUAA